AUGGACGCCUCCUCCCUCCGCAUCUCCAAGUUCGAUGGAACUAACUUCCACGCCUGGAAGUUCAAGAUGCAGAUGGUGCUGGAGGAACGGGACCUAUGGGAGGUCGUCAGCGGUGAGAUCAAGGCGGAACAGUGCGAGACUCAGUUGGACCAAGCGACGUACAAGAGGAAGUCAAGAAAGGCGAUGGCAGUGAUCUGUCUAGCCAUGGAAGAUUCCCAGCUACCGUUGGUCCGGUCGGCAAGUGGUGCAUGCGACGCAUGGUCAAGGUUGGAAGACCACUUCGAGAAGAAGAGUCUUGCCAACAAGCUGUUCUUGCGCCGUCGCUUCUUCACGACAAUGAUGGAAGAAGGCGACGAUGUGCUCGAACACAUCAACAAGCUCAAGACGCUGGCGGAACAGCUAGAAGCGGUGGGGGCUCCAGUCUGCGAGGACGAUCUGGUGAUCACACUCCUCGGCAGCCUGAGUGACUCGUAUCAAUUCUUGAUCACAGCUUUGGAGUCGCGCUCAGACACUCUUAGCUGGGAGCUCGUGACGUCUCGACUGCUUCAUGAAGAAAUGAAGCGGAAGGAGCAAGGAAGUAAAGGUGAUGAAGCUUCGCAAGGUCAAGCGUUCAUCACAAGGGACAAUCAGCGCAAAGGGCGACCAGUGAAGAAGUCCUGGCCGUGCCACAAUUGCGGAAAGAUUGGUCACUGGAUGGCGGAGUGCCCCUCGCGCAUCCAAGAAAACACGGAGAGACACCGGCCACAGCGUGCUCAAGACAGCGGCGACCGCUAUCGAUCACAACGUGCAAACGUCGCUCAAGAAGAAGACUCGGGCGACUACCUUUUUUCGAUCGGUGAAACGACAUCUGCGAAAUCAAGCGACAUCUGGUUGGUCGACUCCGGGGCGACGCAGCACAUGACGUGCUCCAAGAAGUUCAUGCGGAACUACAAGGGGUUUGACGCUGUGGAUGUCCAUCUCGCGGAUGAUGGAAUCGUCCAAGCAAUCGGCAGUGGGGACAUUGUCAUGUCGAUGAAGACACCCCAAGGGAUGAAGAAAGGUGUGCUCACAAACGUGUGGCACAUCCCAAAGUUAUCCAGAAACCUGUUCUCGGUCGGCCGCUUCACCAAGGAUGUCGGCCCAGUGACGUUCACGAAGGAUGGGUGCUAUGGAGAAGCGAAAGGGACCAAGUGGAAAAUUGGUGCCCGUGAAGGUAAAGGACUGUUCAAGCUGCAAAUGACUCCAGUGGCGCCGGAACAAGCAAAUGCAGCCAAGUCGUCGGGAUGUCAAGGGGGCACCAAGUCGUACCUCUGGCACCUUCGGCUUGGCCACAUAGGUCACGAUGGACUCAAUUGCAUCGUGACGAAGAACAUUGGAAUUGGCAUCGACAUAUCUUCGGUGAAGAAGUGGGACGUGUGUGAAGGUUGUGCUCUGGGAAAACAGACUCGAGUGCGCUUCCAAUCAAACACUACAGCUCGCACCUCCAAACUCCUCGAAGUGAUUCACAGCGACGUAUGCGGACCGAUGUCGAUGGCAACUUUCAGUGGAAAACGGUACUUCGUGACAUUCAUCGAUGACAAGUCAAGAUACUGUGUCGUCUAUCUGCUCAAGAGCAAAUCUGAAGUUGCGGCGAAGUUCAUGGAAUAUGCUGCGAUGGCCGAAACGCAAACCGGAAAGCGCGUGAAGUACCUUCAAAGCGACAAUGGGGGUGAAUACAAGUCCGACAAGCUGGCACGAUUCUGCGCGGAACGGGGAAUACAACAAAGGUUCACACCCCCAUAUACUCCUCAGCUAAACGGAGUAGCUGAGAGAAUGAAUCGCACGCUGGUCGAGUGUGCGCGUUGCAUGAUGGAACACGCUGGACUGGGAAAGAGCUACUGGGGUGAAGCAGUGAUGACGGCGAUGUUUCUUCGAAACCGCUGUCCAACACGUGCCAUUCACCAAGACAAGUCUCCAUAUCAAGUGUGGACGAUGAAGAAACCGAUUCUGGCCAACCUUAAAGUGUUUGGAUGCCACGCGUAUGUUCAAGUGCCUCAAGACAAACGCGCGAAGUUCGACUCCAAGUCAUCACUCUGUCGUUUCCUGGGAUACGCCGAACACCAGAAGUCAUAUCGAUUUGAGGAAGUGUCAACAGGAGCGAUCAAGAUCAGUCGCGAUGCCACAUUCAUGGAAGACAAGUUUGAUGAAGGUCCGCGCAACUACAACGAUGAGUCAAGUGCCGUUGAGUUUGAUGAUCAAGACGGGGACGAAGAAAAAGAAGAAGGUAAAACUGACGACGACAUGGACUCGAGCGACGAUGAAAACGAAGACACCAGGUCUUCGAAGAGCAACAUCAAGAGACACACGUAUUGA